AGCUACUUUUGUAUUACUUCAAUAGUAUCACGUGGAUAACAGCGCUGAAAAUAGUCGCAACCUUUCUCCGUUCCCAACAAGUGUUAUUAAGUAAAAUAUCAUCAAAAAUGCGUGAAAUAGUUCAUCUCCAGGCGGGACAGUGCGGCAAUCAGAUCGGCUCUAAGUUCUGGGAGAUAAUAUCUGACGAGCACGGUAUCGACCCGACCGGCGUGUACCGAGGCAACAGCGACUUACAGCUGGACAGAAUCCAGGUGUAUUACAAUGAAGCAGCAGAUGGUAACCGUUACGUGCCGCGAGCGGUGCUCGUGGACUUGGAGCCGGGCACCAUGGACUCUAUCAGGGGCUCGAGCCACGGGAGACUGUUCCGACCUGAUAACUACGUGUUUGGUCAGAGCGGAGCCGGAAACAACUGGGCGAAGGGCCACUAUACGGAGGGCGCGGAAUUGAUUGACUCUGUCAUGGACGUGGUGAGGAAGGAGGCGGAGCCUUGCGACUGUUUACAAGGAUUCCAGUUAACUCACUCGCUUGGCGGCGGCACGGGCUCGGGGCUCGGCACGCUGCUGCUCAGCAAACUACGAGAGGAGUACCCGGACAGGAUCGUCAACACGUUCAGUGUCACGCCUUCACCUAAGGUGUCUGACACAGUGGUGGAGCCUUACAACGCGACGCUGUCCGUCCAUCAGCUCGUGGAGAACACGGACGAGACCUUCUGCAUCGACAACGAGGCGCUCUACGACAUCUGCUUCCGGACCCUGAGACUUGCAACACCCACGUAUGGUGACCUCAACCAUUUGGUGUCGUUGACUAUGUCCGGAGUGACCACUUGUCUCCGAUUCCCGGGACAGUUGAACGCGGACCUCCGCAAGUUGGCCGUCAACAUGGUGCCCUUCCCACGACUGCACUUCUUUAUGCCCGGGUUCGCUCCCCUCACCGCUCGCAACAGCCAGGAGUACCGAGCGCUUACAGUUGCCGAGCUCACACAGCAGAUGUUUUCUCCCGUCAACAUGAUGGCGGCGUGUGACCCUCGCCGCGGCCGUUACCUCACCGUGGCAGCCAUCUUCAGAGGACGAGUCAGCACCAAAGAGGUGGAGGAACAAAUGAUCAGCGCUCAGGACAAGAACAGCAGCUACUUCGUUGAGUGGAUACCAAAUAAUGUGAAGGUUGCUGUGUGUGACGUCCCUCCACGCGGCCUCAAAAUGGCUGCCACCUUCGUUGGGAACACGACCGCUAUACAGGAAAUAUUCAAAAGAAUCUCUGAACAGUUCACGUUAAUGUUUAGGAGGAAGGCCUUCCUUCAUUGGUACACGGGCGAGGGGAUGGACGAGAUGGAGUUCACCGAGGCGGAAAGCAACAUGAACGAUCUGGUCUCCGAGUACCAACAGUACGAGGAAGUGGGAGUUGAAGACGAAUUUGAUGAACAAGAAGAAACACAGGAAGAGGAAUAUCCUGACGAAUAAAAAAAAAUUGUAUAACCUGUAUAAUGUGCUAUGUAGUACCUAUAUAUAAACAUUUAUAAUCUGUGACAUUUUGCUAACUUGAAAUGGCGGCAAAUUGUCUUCCAACGGUUAGAAAGAAAAAUUUUUUUUUGGAAAUAGGCUAUAAUUAAUAAAAUUAAGGUGUUGAUACUAAUUAUUAUUUAUUUUCUGUGACAUAUGUAGAUAAAUAAAACAAGAAUUUGUA